AAUGAUGUCCGUUUCUUAUCGAAUGUGACCUCACCUUGCUCAAUCUUAGCCGUUCAUUCUGAUGAUAAGGCUAGAUGGAUGGUAUAGGUUGAUCAACAAAAUCAUCUUCAUUCCUUACUCCACAUACAUCUAUGGACUUUUUCACAAAAAUCAUUAUAGAAAAAACAUGAAAAAGACAAUGAAGCUUUAAUUUGAGUUUCAUUUGGCGUGCAUGUAAGCUUCAUUUCAUGUCUAUUUAAGCUGCCUAAGUGCAUUGUAGAACUCAGGAACAAAGACAAGUAGAGUGGCAUUAGCAGUGUAUUGCCAAUUUACUUUCCCAACACUCUUCAACAUCAAUCCUUAAAAUCUCACUCUAAAUCACUCGAAAGCUUAACAAUGGGCCCAGGAGUACCGGCUGAUGUCUUAACUGGGACCGGAAAGUUGUCGGUUCCGAUCACCGGUUACUAUAAGAGGGCCUAUGUAACAUUUUUGGCCGGCAAUGGAGACUAUGUGAAAGGGGUGGUGGGAUUGGCCAAGGGGUUGCGAAAGACGAAGAGUGCAUACCCUCUUGUGGUUGCAAUCUUACCGGACGUGCCGGAGGAGCACCGGGAAAUUUUGAGGUCUCAGGGAUGCAUAGUUGAAGAGAUUGAGCCAAUCUACCCACCGGAGAACCAAAUUCAGUUUGCAAUGGCCUACUAUGUGAUCAACUACUCCAAGCUCCGUAUAUGGAAUGUAAGUGAAACCAACACACUAUACCAUAAGUUUCUAGCUCAAUCUGCCCUCCUUUCUCAUGCUUACUCAUUUGGUUCUUAUUGUUGGUCAGGUAAAAGCCUCCCAAGUUAA